AUGCCGAACGCUGCAUCUCUGCCGCAGCACAGCGCACCCUCCAAUCAACGCGCGAUAGACACAGAUCGAGAUCCGAGUCCGGCUGAGUACUCGUCUGGUAUUGAAUCAGACAAUGAUCAGGGCGCCAAUGGCUCCGGGGGAUCGCGCACCUUGAAAAGGAAGCGUCCCCUCACUGUCUCAUGCGAGCUUUGCAAGCAGAGGAAAGUCAAGUGUGACCGUGUGCAACCAAGUUGCGGCUGGUGUAACAGGAAUGGCCAGAUAUGUGAGUAUAAAGAAAGGAAGAAGCCUGGCUUGCGGGCUGGCUACGGCAAGGAAUUGGAGCAACGCCUCGAUCGGUUAGAAGAUAUCAUUCAAUCCCAAGCCAGGCUUAUUGAAAUGCAUAUACUGCAACCCCAGCUUUCCAUAGCCCAUGAUAUGCAACAUAGCGGAUCAAUAGCGUACAGCUCGCCGUCGGAGCCUUCCGCAAUCCACGGCCCAAGCCCUCGCACCGCAGUCUAUUUCAAUGAUCCUGCAUCUUCAGUCAAUUUACCUUCGCGCCGCGCAGAUCCAGCUAUCGCAAGCCCGUCGGAUACAUCGGUCAAAAAUAUGUUGCAAAACAACCUUCACAAUGGAAACGGGGCGUCGGUUAUGGGCUCGUUACCGUCGGUUCAUAAUGCGCAUAGCGGCGACUACACUGGAAAUGAAUCAUCUCUCAAAGGUCCGAUUAACCUUUUUGGGAAUCAAGAGCAGUCAUUUGCAGACCCAGAUUUGGAUCUCCCACCGUAUGAUCUACUUUAUGCGUUGGUGGAUCUCUAUUUCGAGCAUAUCAAUUCCUGGUGCCCGAUCCUCCAUCGCCGGUCAACUUUGGAUACCUUCUUUGGCCCAUCGCCCCUGGAAGAGGCUGAUCGCAUGGUGCUAUAUGCUAUCGUGGCAACAACAUUGCGCUUUUCAACCGAUACCCGGCUUAACGAGCAAAAUCGUAAGCGCUACCACGACUCUUCCAAGCAGAAAGUUCUCUUGUACGGCCUGGAGAAUUCGUCAGUCAAAGCCUUACAGGCGCUUGUCAUCUUGACUCUCGAUUUAGUUGGCUCCUCGAAUGGACCUCCAGGAUGGAAGUUACUCGCUUUGAUCACUAGAUCCGUUGUCCAAUUGGGACUGGCCGUGGAAUCAAAGUCCUCCCUCAUUGCCCCAGUCUACCCUUCAAUCUAUACACUGAGAGCAGUCACAUUACCUGAAGCAGAUUCUUGGAUUGAAGACGAGAGCAGACGUCGCUUAUUCUGGAUGGUCUACCUCUUGGACAGGUAUUCGACGAUUGCCACUGCGUUCAACUUUGCCUUGGAUGACAAGGAUAUCGAUCGCAAACUACCUUGCAAGGACGAGUUCUUCAUGAAGAAUCAACCAGUUGAGACUCGGCGGUUCCACUACUCCGGUGACUGUGUAGACUACCUUAAUCAUGCGGAAAAUGUGGGAUCGUUUGGUUUAUACAUGGAGAUACUCGGCAUCCUUUCCCGCAUCCACCAAUUCUUGAAGCGCCCCGUGGAUAUUGGGUCUCUCUCUGAUGUGGAAGAAUGGCAAGCUACCUAUCGCAAGCUUGAUAGUGAAUUGACUUCAUGGGAGUUCAAUUUGCCUGCAGAGUAUGCCUACGAGAACUCUUCUCGACUAUUUGUCGGAGGCAAGCAGAACCGCACAAUACACAGUGACUGGGUACAACUACACACUACAUAUCAAACUGCCGUGAUUCGCCUACACUCAUCCGCCGCAUACCCUACGACUCGAUCCCCAAUCUUCACCCCAUCCUAUAGCGCCAGCCAACGCUGCCUCCUCGCAGUCGACAACAUCCUCUCCGUAACUCGUUUCGUUGUCGAAAAUAACAUGCUCGAUAAACUCGGCCCCCCAUUCGCAUUCACCCUCUGGGUCUCAGCCCGCCUCCUUCUCGUCCACGGCUCAACAAUCGCCCACACAGUCAGCCCCGACAUAAUCUUCUUCGUGGACACACUCGCCCAGAUGGGUGGCCACUGGAAAGUCGCAGAACGGUACAGCAAUAUUCUUCAACGCGUUCUCGACGAAUACGGCGAAUACCAGCAAUCCGCAGCCACAGACGGCGAGCGAUCAACUCCCUCAACAGUCAAGAUCCUAGCAGAUAUGCGCCGUUGCGCCUUCGACCUGAGACUUCCUCAUCUCUCGUCAGCCGCGAACCUCGCCCCAAAUGAACUCGAGUAUCUAGAUGUAUUUGGCUUCUUCAACGUUCCGCGCGUACCGCCAACCCGUGCGCCUGAGGCUGCGGCUCCACAUCUCGAUAUGUCGGCGUCGGUUGCAAACCCCAUGUCCAUACAUGGACUGACAGGAGGGCCUGUUGUUGACGGGAAUGCUUCUUCGAAUGCGAAUGAGUUCAAUAUUACGAAUUAUCUGAUUCCAACACCUGAGACGGAUUGGUUGUUCCGUCCUACUGGUUGA